AUGAUGCCGCAGGCGGCGACCGCGGAGCACCGCGGCGACGGCGUCGACCGGCGGAACGCCCACCACGAGCGAUUGGCCCGCGAGAGGAGCGAGCGCGAGGCGGGAAUGAGGGCGUUCGAGCCGCCGCCGGACGAGGCGGGGGCGGUGGAGCACGUAAGCGCGUCCGUCGUGCUCGCGGCGGUGGAGGAGAGCGGGCCCAACUACCUGCUGCCGAAGGCGCCGGAGCCGGUGAAGUCGCGCCGGAAGCGGCUCAGGGUGGACGCAACAGCAAGGCAGGCAGGUCAGGCGAUCCUCGAGACGGGCACGCGAGUCGAGAUCUUCGCGGGGGAGGAGAGAGGAGAGGUGGUGGCCGGCGACAUCAUGGAGCGGACGGUAAUUUCUCAGUGGGGUUUUGACAUAGUGCGCGAGAGAAAAGAAUAUUGUAUAUUGAUUUAG